UUUUCUUGUAGACACAAAUAAAGGAUCUAAAAUACAGAAAAAGGUGAUUAAAUUUAUUCAAAAAAUGAAUUUAAAAAUUAAAUCGUUAUGCGUGUUACUGAUUUUAUCAAUUACGCCUUCUUCUUCGCAAAUAAAUCCAAAGGCUCUUAUAGAAGUGGCUAAAUAUGGCUGGAAGGCAAUUCAAGCGCUUAUAGCGAUUGAUUCUUCAGUAAAAAAUCACAAAUUUCAACAAGAUGUGAUCAACGCGUUAGAUGAAAUUCGUCAAAGCACUGCGAGGAUUGAGUCUUUGAUAACAGACGAAGCAAAUCGUAUAAUUGAAGAACUCAAGGUAAAAAUUGAUAUGCAGAUCGUGGGUAAAUUCGUUCGUGCUGUGUUUGAAAUAAAUGAACGAUUUGAGAAGAAAUUCUUGAGGUACUUCACCGACAACGAUACGUAUCAACCUGAAACUAUCGAAAAUUAUAUUAAUGAAACGAUCUAUUCGUCAGAUUUUAAAAGAGCUUUAGCUCGGAUACAAGAGUAUACUGUACCUAAUCACUAUAUUCCACAUGUAGAUGAAAAACUAGUUUUUGAAAUACUACAUGAUUAUAUAAAAAUAAAAAAAAACCAUCUUUGUGAAUGUAACGAGGGAGAAUCUUCUUAUGACUUGAUAUUUGGAGUUUUUAAUCUUGCAAUGACAGCUCUAUCUAAAGGAUACGCCAUGGUAGCGCAUGCUUACCGAUACCGUCAAUGCAACUCAACGAAUCCAGAUGCGUGGAAACCAGAAAUACGUGACACUUUGGAUGAUUAUAAAGAAACAGCGCUUAAAAUCGCUGAAGUUGCACGAUUGGCUGGGGAGAUGGAAUCUAAAGCAAUCCGUCGUUGUGAUCCUGAAAAAUUUAAAGAAGGUGAGAACUACGAAAGCUAUCAAUUUUUGACAACUUUGGUAUCCAAUAAUUAUAUGAUAAACAACAGAGAUUACAUUAUGAGCUACGUAAAUUAUUAUUCUGAGCGCUCAGCGUCCUUUUGUGAUGGAUUUCUUUAUGAUAAAAUGUAUGAUGAAUACUUUGUAGAAGCUUAUUUGGCGCCAGUAAAUAGCAAACGACGCUACUGUUAUGCAAGAGUACGAGGCGGUGAUCUACAGUGGUAUUAUAAAGGUCGGAUAACUGAAGGUUGUGACUACGAUUAUGGAUUGUACUACCCUAGACAGUGGGGUCAUUUAGACUUUAGUAAAUACCUUUGUUCGCAGCCUUCACUUUCGAAGAAAAGCGCUUAUAUUAAUUUGACAUCAGCAUACUGGGAUACUCCUUUUACAAACCAAGUUAUCACUGGAAUCCGCUUAGUCACAAAAUUAUCAAUUACUUACUUUGAAAUACAACAAGGAGUUUUAGUAAAUGGAACUAUUGACAACACGACCGUCAAAUGGGAUGAUAGAGUUACAAAGAAGCUUGAAGAUAUGGAAAAAAAUAAUCAAAUACCUGAUUAUGCCUCUAGAGAUUUAACUGAACUCAGUUAUCAUAAUAGAAUAUUAAAUUUGGAUGACAUAAUCUUGCCUGCUGGCUGGGCUGUUGUUGGUGUUACAUUCCAACAAUCACGCGGAAAUCCUAUAGUUCUACAGGUAGCAGGAGUAAAAAUCAUUGAUGAAUCAGGAAAUCCUAUUAUUUCAACUGAUGUACACUGGUUUUCAGGAACGAAUAAUUUAAACAGAAAUGAAAUAACAAAAAGUGAUCUCGACAUUCCAACAUUAGGCAAGACAAAGAAUGGUGAACUAAGUGAACCAGGAAAGCAUUUUGCCAAAUUUCAAAUGACUGGUUGGGUGGUAGACGCCGGUCAGACUUUAAUUCCUUUUAUAGACAUGCAAAAAGUGGUUACUAAUCCUCCAGCACCUAUUGGUGGUGUCGGGCUUUAUUAUAAAGGUCAUAAUGGAUACGGAGGAUUCAUUGCGCCAAAACUUCUAAGCAUGAAUAAUACUAUUUAUAUGAGCGAAAAUUAUUUGAAGAAAACAUUUAAUGAUACAAGUAAUUAUUCAGAUAAUUAUGAUAGAUAUUAUCAUUAUUCCGUAAUUUCAGCAUAAUAAAAUCUAAUUUGAAGAUUUAAUAAAAUGAAAUACUUA